ACUUCUUCUCACUUCUCCCUAUUCUUUUUUACUUCUUAUUUCCUUCUUUGUCUCUUCCUAUUCUUCUUCUCUAAAUCAUCCGAUUGUUGUUUUUUUCUCGCUAUGUCAUCAGGAAACGAGAACUAUCAUCUGGUUCCGCUUCUGGGUUUGUGAAAUCCCACCACCCGAUGAUCAGACGCUCUUCCAAAAUGCUAAAAAACAAAGGGGUUAUUUCACUCGAUGUGAUUGAUGUAGACAAAGAUGAAGCUUCCGAUGCCAUGUUUAUUCACCAGAAGUUUGAUGCAAAUGACAAAGGAAAGGGUAUAUAUCACCAUGGUGAUCAUCAAUUGAAGAAAACAUUGGGUAGCCAUUCAUUUAAUCCAGAUGUGGAAAUCCUAGAGAGUACAAAUGAAGUUGAAUCUAAUUUUCCCUCAGCAUCACAUAAUUUGAUUGACCUAGACAAUCCUUGCUCUUAUUCAUCAAAUGAAGAUGACGACUGGCUAGGAAUUGAUGAAUUCAUGGAUGUGGAUGCAUAUUCAGCUUUGCAAGCCCAUUUUGAUCAUAUGGAUAUUCCUCCUGAUAUUGAAGCACCAAUACCUUGGAUGACUCAGGAUCAAAAUGGAAACAAGACCAACAUCGAAACUAGCAGAACCUCAUGGUCAACAUUAGCAAAACCUCAAAGCGUACCAGGUUCUGUUAAUCAUCUAGGAAAAUCAACUACUCAAGUUCAGGUGAAGGAAGUUUCAAAUGGCCUACACUUGCCAGCUGACAUUAAUGUUCUGAAUCAUCUCCAUUCUUUUGGUUCGUUUCCUCCACAAGAUAUUCAACCAAAUAAAAAACCAGCUGCAUCUCGCAGGGACAAACAUGAGGUUAGUCACUUAAAUUCUUUACUUGGUAUAUAUGCAGCUAAAUCCAGAUGGUUUUUGGAUCCUUUUAAGCAUAAAAAGAAGCUACAUGGUUCAAAUAACAUUUCUAUUAACUCGUCGGAUGCAAUGAAGCUCCAUAAUGGAGGUGAGACAUCUGAUGCAUCUUACAGUGUAAAGAAGCAAGUCACUUCACAUGGUAUGCCCCAUCCAAACUUUCCUGAAUCUGUGGACUUCAUUGAAUAUCUGGGAGCUGGACAUUCCAUGCCUCAGUGGCCGGAAUAUGCAAAAACGAAAACCAAGGAGCCAUUUUUCCCCCCUCAUAUGGCCUCAGGUUUUUAUGGGUCAUUUAAUCCUUUUGUUCCUCCUACCCUUGGAGAAGUUGUUGACGUGCCAUGGGUUCAGGGUUCCACCCAAAAUCUUCCAAAUAUUGCUCCAAAUGACUCAAUCAGCGAAGCAAUUCCACCUGCAGACAAGGAUAAAUUCUUGGGGAAUUUUGAGAACUUUAAACAAUUUGAUACUAUUGACGAUCAUUCUGACCAUCACUAUGCUAGCAAAGGUUCUAGCUUGAACCAGGCAUCAAAGAAAUGGACAAAGAAAAUUCAAGACGAUUGGAAGAUCCUGCAGAAUGAUUUACCUGAAACUAUAUUUGUUAGAGUAUAUGAGUCAAGAAUGGAUCUUAUGAGGGCUGUCAUCAUUGGAGCACAGGGUACUCCAUACCAUGAUGGAUUAUUUUUCUUUGACAUAUUUUUCCCUCCUCGUUAUCCAGACCUACCACCACAAGUUUAUUACCACUCUAAGGGCCUUCGACUCAACCCGAACUUGUAUAAUUGUGGGAAAGUAUGUCUAAGUCUGCUUAACACCUGGCGUGGCAAUGGAAAUGAGAAUUGGGUUCCUGGCAUGUCAACUAUGCUUCAAGUUCUUGUCUCUAUCCAAGGAUUGAUCUUGAAUACGAAACCCUACUUUAAUGAGCCAGGGUAUGCAUAUCAAAGUGGAUCGGAGGCAGGUGAAAAUAGAUCUCACAUGUAUAAUGAGGAGACUUACAUCCUAUCCAUUAAAACCAUGUUGUUUAACAUCAGGAGACCACCAAAGCAUUUUGAGGACUUUGUUAGGGGACAUUUUUACCAAAGGGCUCAUGAUAUUCUGGUGGCCUGCAAAGCAUAUAUCAAUGGUGCUCAGGUGGGAUCUCUAGUUGAAGGCGGGGUUCAAGAUCUCGAGCUGAGCGACAAGAGCUGCUCGGACAGUUUUAAGCAAUCUGUGACCCAUCUUUUGAGUCAGCUUGUUGCGGCUUUUAAGGGAAUUGGAGUCAGUGACUGCGACAAGUACCUGCAAAUGCUAUCGCCAACCGUUCCAAACACAAGAAAGCGACCAAGUAGACCAGUAAAGCUCAAGUAGAAUAGAAAGGGUUGGAAGGCGAUGGUGUCGGGAAGUUGGUUUUUGGUAUAGAUUUUGAACAUGUUGACGUCUAACUGAAACAAACUUGAGAUUUGUUAACUGUCCAAGGUAGUUUAGAAGGUUAGCGUUUAGAGCAAUCAUAGUAGAGCUUGCUUGCUUCCCUAUGUCUAUAAUUUUUCUCAUAAUGAACACAUAUGAUCUCUAAUUGUGUACAUAGUCUCUAUAUGCACCAGAGGAUAAUGUCUUUCCAUUUCAACACGGACAGUGGUAUACUAUGUAACUUAUUUUCUUCCUCUCAAGGUAAUAAUGACGCUUUUUGGUUUUCAAA